UUCUAUAUCAUUAUUAUCAUAGUUUAAAUGUUAGCAUAAUCUAAUCUUCUAUUCUUUGAUUCAAAGUAAUCAAUAGCCAAUAAAUUCUUGUAUUAUUUUGUCUAAGUUUAUUUCAGUUACAUCUCAUCAUGUCAGAUCAAGAUUCAGUGCGCUUGUUGGCUGUUGAGGGUUGUGCUGCUCUUGGGAAUUUGCUGGAACCGCAGGAUUGUGCAUCUCAUAUUCUUCCAGUGAUUGUUAAUUUCUCACAGGAUAAAUCUUGGAGGGUCCGAUAUAUGGUUGCAAAUCAGUUAUAUGAGCUUUGUGAAGCUGUUGGGCCAGAACCUACGAGUUCGGAUUUGAUGCCUGCUUAUGUGCGACUUCUUCGUGAUAACGAGGCUGAAGUUCGGAUAGCAGCUGCUGGAAAAGUGACAAAAUUCUGCCGAAUUUUGAAUCCUCACCUUGCUGUUCAACACAUUGUUCCAUGUGUGAAGGAACUAUCAUCAGAUUCUUCCCAGCAUGUUCGCUCGGCUUUGGCUUCAGUUAUCAUGGGAAUGGCUCCGGUUUUGGGAAAGGAUGCAACAAUUGAACAACUUCUUCCAAUCUUUCUUUCUCUCUUAAAAGAUGAGUUUCCUGAUGUUCGACUUAAUAUUAUUAGCAAGCUUGAUCAAGUGAAUCAGGUGUGUCAAUGUUUAGGUUUUCAUGGCUUCUUUCUUGUGCCUUACAUAUACCCUGAAUUAAGUGUUUUCGUUGGCUCAUAUGAAAAAUUCAGACAAAAUAGAGUUAGUCAAGAUGACAUCAACAGCCUCUUUACUGCAAACAUGUUUCAAAACAAAGAAAAAAACAACAUUUUUAUAUUUGGGUACAUACCAAUAAUUUAAUAACUGUGCUACACC